AUGAAAUCAUUCUGCUCCUGUCCCACCCUCGCCCGCGCCUCUGGCGAGCUACAGUCUCUCUCCCACUGCCUCCCUCUGGCGAGCUCGGGGCGAGUUCAGGAGUUUCAGGUGUUUCUUCAGGUGCUGCGUCAGGAGCCUGGGCAUACGUCCCUCCUCUUGUCCAUCUGGCAUAUCCCCGACCCGCUCCUCCCGCUUCUCCCGCCCCUCUUCCUCUUCCACCUGCUCUUCCCCCUUCUCAUCCCCUUUUUCGAUCCUUUUCCUCCCCUGUCCGCUCUGGCCCUCUCUUUCAUCACCACGCGCUCUGCUCGCCUGUGCUUCUCUUCUCCCCACCCCCCCUUUUUCUCUCUUGCAGUUGGCAAAUCGUUUCCACACGCCCUCCCACGUCCCUCCUCCUAUCCAUAUGGAACAUCCCCGACCGACCCGCACCACCCCUUGCUCCCGCCCUCCUUCCUCUGCCUCCAAAGCUUCUCAGAUUGUCAUUUCCCCCUUCUUGUUCCUUUUCCCCCCCGUUCUUCCUCUGCAGUUGGCAAACCAUCCUCCACGCGGCCCCCCACGUCCCUCCUCCUGUCCAUAUGGCACAUCCCGGACCCGCACCACCCCCUCCUCCCGCCCUCCUUCCUCUGCCUCCUCCGCUUCGCCCCUCCUCCCCUCCACCCUCCCCAAUCCAAACCCUCUCGCUCCAGAACCCCAGGCUCGGGCUCCUCUCUAGGGUUUUGGGACGAGGGUUUAGAGGGGGAUGAGGAGGAGGAAGAGGAGGAAGGGGAGGAGGCGGUAGCAGAGGUGAGAUUCUCCCCUGAUGGGGGGUCACUAGCGGUGGUACACCACCGGGGGGUUUUGUCUCUUAUGCGGAUGUCGGCUAAGGAUUCUGAGCUCAUGCUGCUGCCUAGGAGUGUGGGGAGAACUGUGGGUGUUCCCUCUGGGGCUGCGGUGGAGGAAGAAGGGAGUGUGGUGGAGAGGGGUGUGGAGGAGUGGGGUGUGAUGAAGGACGGGACGGAAGAAAAGGACGGAGAGGAGGGGGUGAAGGAGAAGGGAGAGGAAGGGACACAGCAGAGGAAAGCAGUGCGGUUCCGAAUGGUGCAAGGCGGUGUGGUGGAUUGCGUCACCAGUGUGACUUGGCUCAGCACAGAUACAAUAGCAGUAUCCCAUCGCUCAGGGAGAGUAGCCAUAGCUACAGUGCACGAUUUAUCCAAUCUCACCGGCCCGUUCCCUCUAGUCUUCGGCCCCCGGGCGGUCCUCUGCUCGUCCAAUCUCCUCAUGCCACGUGGCAGCAGCAGGUCUGGAGUGUACCCGCGAGGGGUGAUUGUUCUAGAGCCGGUCGCGAGACAGGUGUCGGUUCCUGAUUGGGCGAGAGGGACUUUUGGAAAUGUGACUGAUUCUCGUGGGGAGGGAGCGCUGGAGAACGGAUGGCGGGUUUUGUCUCUUGUGGAGCAGCCGGCGGCGGUUAUGGUGUGGGUGUUAACUGAGGAAGGUAGACUAGGGGAUGCGCUGGGGAUGGCCCGGGCGGCAGGGUUGCAUUCAGAUGUGGUGUUUAAGGCUGCUUGGACGAGCAUGGGUGUGGGAAUUUCCGCAGGAGAAGCAGCAGGCGGAGAAAGAGGAGGAAGAGGAGGAGGAGGAGGAGGAGCAGGAGUAAGUGAGAGUGGGAGGUUGUUGGGCGGAGACAGGGGGCUUGCUGUUAGAGAGGAGGAAGGGAAAGAGGCCGGGAAUGACGAUGCUGAGGGGAGUGAGGAGGAGAGAGAGGAGGAGGAAGAGGAGGAGGUAUCAGCAAUCACGGAUUACUUGUCUCGAGUGUCUGACCUCCCGUGGGUGGUGAGGGAGUGUGUGAGUGUGGUGUGCGGUACUGCAAAGGGCAUGGAUUUGCUGUUAAGUCUGGGUCUUGGAGCCACAAGCAGUCUCAAGGAGGAAACCCUAAAAGCAGCCGCAGCAGCAGCAGCAGCAGCAGGAAUCCCUGAUGUGACGCUAUCAGGUGUAAAGCUGGCUCUGGUACGAUCCAGGUUGCAGCUUUUGUCCUUUCGUGACCGCCUACAGAGCUACCUAGCCCUCAACAUGGGGCGGUACGAUCCCCAACAGUACGGCGUCUUUCGUCUUCUUCCCCUCCACUCUGCCGCCCAGCGGUUCGCCUCCGCCGGCCGGAUCUCAGCCGUCCACAUUCUGCUGCAGAGGCAUCCCUUCUCACUCUCCCCUCACCUCCUCUCCCUCCUAUCCUCUCUUCCAGAAACCCUCCCUCCUCACUCCUAUAGAGCAAUUCUCCCUGGUGCCUCCCCCUCUCCUGUUUCCCGGACCAGAGGGGCCGAUUGGGUGGAAGGGCGAGGGGUGCUGCAGAUGAUUGGAGCAGGGUCGGCUGUAGCAGCUGCAGAUUCAGCUGCUGCUGUAGCUGUUGCUGCUGGUAGUGGCGGCGGUGGUGGUGCUGCCAUUGUGGCAUUUGCUACAGAACAGGUGGUGUUUCUGUCUCAGGGAUUUAAGUUCCCGUCCAAGCCUGCCGUUGAGGCUUGGUACCUUUCCCGAGCCAGGGAGAUUGAGGAACGGACGGGCCUGCUGCAACACUCGCUCGCGCUGCUGGAUCUAGGUUUGGCAGCAGGCUUGGCAGAGGUUCGGAAUGCUAUGGAGGACUAUGCCGAGCUGAACAGAGUGGUGUAUGGGGCAUGCGGGGCUGAUAAUAAAGAGUAUGAGGAAGGGAACGAGGAAGGCAGAGAGGAGGGGGGUGACGAGGCAGGGGAAGGACGGGAUGACAGGAAAGAGCAGGAGGAGGAGCAGGAGGAACAGGGAGAGGGGCAACAUCAUCAUCAUCAGCAGCAGCAGCAACAGUCUGCUCAAUCUGCUUCUGUCUUCUCUGCUGUUACCCCAAUUGCCCUAAAACGCGCCGAACUCACUCUUUCCAUCUGGUUACAGCUCCCCAUAAUCCAACGGUUCAGAUUUGUUCUCGGGCAGCCCCGCCCCGCAUCCAUCGUCUCACGCCUGCACGAGCGCGCUCUGCCAAUCCUGUUCCGCCACCUGGCGUCGCCGCAGCAGGUCUGGAGCCUCCUGGAAAAAUGGCUAAGGGAGGAAAUCGCCCCUGUGAGAGGCAGAAUGGCAGUUUUCUCCUCUGUUGUGGCUGAAAUGGCUAAGGGAAAACAUGGCUGUCUCUCCCUCACAACCUCGAGCCCCCCCUCUCUCUCCUCUCCUCCGCUUCCUUCCACCGGCCCUCUUCCCUCCUCUUCCGCUUCCUCUUCCUCCUCCCAGCCCUCCUCCGCAUCAUCCCUUCUCCCUUUCUCUCUUUCCGAUCUUGCCUCUCUCUCCCUCCACUGCCUCCCUCUCUCUGCCUCUACUGAUGAAUGGAGCUCUAUGGCUUUUCUUCUCCGAGCCAUUCUAGACUCUCACAAAACUGCUGCUCUAGCAGAACAACACAGGGUUAAGUCUCCUGCUUCUGCUGCUGCUUCUGCCGCUGCUGCUGCUGCUGCUGCUGGGGGGAGGGGUAGGCGUGGUGGAGCUUCGGCCCGAGCCUCCGGCGCAGGCUUGGAGCCGCUAGGUUCGGAGCAGCAGGAGGCAGUGGCGAGCGCGCUGCUAUUGGUGGAAGCUGGGGCUGUCCUUGCCACGUAUGAGCUCCCCACACCCUACACCGCCCUCGUCCAAUCACGCAGCGACACGUCAGCAGCCCUCCAGCUCCUCCGCAGCCUCCUCUCCGCCUUCGCCCGCCGCCAGCCGCCCCCGGAGGAUCCCGAUUGGCUGGAUCUCUUCCGCCACGUCAGCACGCUCAAACACUCCGCGUUCCUCCCCCUUUCCCCAGACUCCCUCCCUUCGGAAAUGGCCAGAGUGCUGCUAAGGGAAGGGCGAUUCGCGCUAGCCAGGCAGUUUCUGAGAAGCGGGGGAAGCGGGGGGACUGGGGGGAGUGGGAGAGGAAGAGGGGGAGGGGAGGACGUGUGGUUGGAGGAAGAUGCGGUGUUGAGUGAGGAUCGGGUUGAAGCGCUGGUGAUUGGUGCUGCCAGGAACUUCUUCUACUCCUCCCCGACACUCGACUCCCCAGAUAUCCACAGUGCAUUCGCCUGUCUGGACAUUCUCCCGCGCAGCCCAGCAGCAGCAGCGGAGAGGCAGCUCUUCUCAGCCCUUGUCAUCGACCUCCCAGCGUGUGGCCUCCACCUGCUCCCAACCCGCGAUCGCCUCGAUAUUAUACACCAAGUGCUCAACCUCUGCCUCUCUAUCCACAGCGCAUUCGCCUGUCUGGACAUACUCCCGCGCAACCCAGCAGCAGCAGCGGAGAGGCAGCUCUUCUCAGCUCUAGUCAUCGACCUCCCAGCCUGUGGCCUCCACCUCCUCCCCCUCCACCUGCGCCAAACCCGCGACCGACUCGAUAUUAUACACCAAGUCCUCAACCUCUGCCCGUUCCCUCCAAUCUCCCUCCUCACCACCACCACCACCUCCUCCUCCUCUUACUCCUUCUAUUCCUCCUCUUCUUACCCUUCCUCUCACGUCUCCCCUUAUUCCCCCUCCUCGGCGUCCUCCCCCUUCGCUCCGGUCUUUGCCGUCGAUCUUGCGAACACAGGGGCACCCGAGGUCCUCACCCUGGCAUGGAAAUUAGGGCUGACGUCAGCAGCAGAUGAAGGGAGGGUGCUAGAAGCGGUGGCGAGAGCAGCGGCAGCAAGGGCGGAUAUAAGAACGGCUAGAAAGGUCGUUCAGGAGCUCAUGAGUAGGAGCUAUGGAGGGAUAUGGGAUCUCUGUGCUGCUUUGGCUAGGGGACCGGCUAGUAAGGGGGGAAGGGGAGGGUUGGGAGGAGGCAGGGGUGGGGGAAUGGGCAGGUUGGGGAGGCAGGGAGGGAGGCUAGGGAGUGGGAUGCAGGGGCAGCUGCAAAAGGGGAAGCUGUCGCGAUCGGCUGUGGAGCUGGGUGCGGGUGAGGGGAGAAGGGGUGGUGUGAGUGGGAGAGGGAGAGGCGGAGCGGGAUUUGAGAGGGUGGAUGGGAGUGAGGAUGGGGCGAUGGGUAGUGAUGGUGGGAGUGUGAGCGAUAGCAGCAGCAGCAGCACGAGCCUGAGCACUAUGAUUGGACGAACAGUUGCUUCUGCAGCUGAUCUGUCUGCUGAUGUUAGCGUAGAUGAAUCCGCCAGCAGUGCAGCAAGCACCGCUGCUGACGUGGACGCUGACGUGGAUGCUGACGUGGACGACGGAUCCGAUGACAUCAGCAUGCCGAUCCGGAGGGAGUUCCUAGGGUUUGCUCUGGCUCAUUGCGACGAAGCUUCCCUCCCGGACCUGCUAGCCUCGUGGCAAGGCUUGGAUGCCACGGAACGGUGCGUGGCGCUAGGUGCGGCGACAGGCUUGGUGGUCCCAGGCCUGCGAGAGCAGGAGGCGCUGCUCCCGGACCUAGCUGCCGGCCGAGCCUCAGGCAAGUGGGAAGGCACGGAAGUGCUGGUGGUUCCCGAAGCUGCCACUGCCCCUGCUACAGCCGGUGCUACAGCCGGCAGAAGCAGCAGCAGUAGCAAAAUCCGGGGGAAGGCAGGGAGCUCAGCUGUUACUACCACCAGCACUGGAAGAAAACUGGCUAGUCUGGGUGGGGGACGGGGGGCGAUCGGGAGGGACGUGGGGAGGAGGGCGCUGGCGCUGGUAUCGAGUGACGGGGAGGCGUGGGGGGAUAAGCAGUGGGAGGAGGUGCCUCGACUGCUGCUGCCGUUUGCCUGCCUGCACUUGCCCUGGAUGCUCCAGGUGAAAACCCGCCGUGCUGCUGCUGCUGCCGCUGCUGCUGCCGCCACUGCUGCUGGGGCUGCUGCAAAAACUGGAGGGACAGCAUCAGCAUCAGCAGCAGCAGCAGCAGCAGGCGGAGGGGGAGUGGCAGAAGCAGCAGCAGCAGCGGAUCCUAUAGUGGAGCAGAUAGUGGUGCUGAUUCUCCACGUGCUCGCGUCCUGCCAGGUGUCGCCCUCUGAUAAGCUCCUGACCGAAGCUGCCCGGAGCGCCCUAACUGCUGGGGACAUAGUCUCUGCUGCGGCAGCUGCGGCCGGUCUGUGGGGGGUACCUGGAGCAGGAGUAAGGGGAGUGGGUGGCUUGUCAGGUGCUGCGUCAGGUGCUGCGUCAGGUGGUGGAUCAGGUGGUAGAUCAGGUGCUGCCGAGUCAGGUGCCGGGCCAGGUGGAGGGGUAAGUGCUGAUGGUUCUGGAGCAGCGGAAGGGAAAGAAGUUAGCCCUACAGCCGCUGUUGCAUCUGCUGAGGUGGCGGCGUGUGAUUCGCUGGCGAUGGCGUUUCUGCUGCAGGCUGGGGAUUCAGUGCGGGCGGCAGGGGUGAUCGAUGCUGAGAUGGCGAAGCGGGAUGGGGCGGAUGCAAAGAGGCGGUUCGUGCUGCUGCUGCUGCAGUUCUCGUCGCUCCAUGCAACUCUCUUCCUGCUAGCUGCUCAGGUGAGUGCGCAAAGAGCAUCCCAGGGGUGGGUGGGGGUGAUUGAUGCUGAGAUGGCGAGGCGGGACGGGGCGGAUGCGAAGCGGCGGUUCGUGUUGCUGCUGCUGCAGUUCUCGUCUCUUCACGCCACGCCCUUCCUGCUAGCUGCUCAGGCUAAUGAAGCAGCCUUUGUGGGGUCGCUGCUGCUGCUGUCUGUUGAGGCACCUUGGGCCAAUGAAGCAGCGUUUGUGGGGUCGCUGCUGCUGUUGCCGCCAGUGCUGCUCGCGCGCGUGGCAGGGGAAGCUUCCAGGAAGGAGGAGCAGCUGGGGGAGACCGGAGCCCUGGGGUCCAGGCCGGCAGUCAAGAGUUCAGCCCGCGCGCGCCAGCUGUGCAAGCGGUGGUGUGAGGUGGCGCUGACGAUGCAGGGGCGGCUGCGAGUGGUGGAGGACACACGGGCGCUGCGCGCGCUGCUGCCCCGCGCUGAUGUGGCGCGCUUCGUGACGCGUGAUGUGGCAUACAUGGAGGCUGCUAUCGCCUCAUUGGUCGACGAGACCGAUUCUGCUGCUGCCACUGCUGCUACUGGAGGGGCCUUGGCAGAGGCAGUGGGACCGAUGCCUCACGCCCUCGCCUCUGCCCUCUCACUCGCUCAGCUCUACCACGUGGACUCCUGGCAGGUCCAUUUGACAUACGUCCGCUCUGUGCUGCUCUCUGAUUGGCCGGAGCAAGAUAUUGUCACUGAGGUGGAGGCACACAAAGCCGCCAUCUGUACCCGUCCCACGUCAGCCUUCUCCUUCCUCUGGACCUCCGUGCUCCCCCGCUUUCUCACUCAAAUACAGACAAAAACCCACACUGACACAGGGUUACACGCUCAGAAACACCCCCCCACACUCCCCACCCUCGCACCCUACCUCCUCCGCCUCCUCUCCCACUGCCUCCUCUCCUCGCUCUCCCCUCCCCCUCCUCCCUCCUGCCCUCUCACCCCCUCCCCUCCUCUCUCCCGCCCGCUCUCGCUCCCGCUCCCACCAACCCCUCUCACCGCACUCAACUCCUUUGUAUCGUCAGCGCAGAGCGCAGCAUCCCUUGCUCCCAGGCUCUCUCUUUUAGCAGAGCAGAUUGAGAAGGCAGGGGGCCUUCAGCCUUCACUGGAUGGGUGGGUGCUUCUGGGGGCGGCUGUUGCUGGUGCAGGCACAGCAGGAGCAGUUGGAGCAGCAGAAAAUAAGGACAGUGCUGGUGUUAUGGAGGUGGAGAGAGCAGUUGAGAGGGAGAUAGAGCGGUGCUUCGACGGAUCCUCUGUGCUGACUGCUGCUGAGAUCAUCUUGUCUCUUUCUGCCGCUGCUACUGCCACUGCUGCAACAGCAACUGUGCCACAUGCUGCAGGAGAAGCAGCUGCUGGGUUGCCUGCUUCAGCAGGAUUUCCCACAGAUCCAGCCUUCCAGGACCGCUUUAAUCAGAGCCACUUGCUCUGGCUCUUUGCUAAGUGCCAGUUGAGACAGGCUGGCGUGCUUGCCGACUCAUAUUCCCCAAAGGUUGAUAUGGAAGAGAGGAGGAGUGACGGGGUGGCAAUUGGUGACAAUAAAGGCAGCAAGGAAGACGAGAAGGAAACCGGGAAGGGAAAGAGGUUGAGUCUGGAGGGGUUGCAGUCAGCCCGUGUAGCCAUGGCUGGAUCUCUCUCCCUGCUCUCAGAGGAAAAUCGGCGGGAAUUUACGCUCCUGCUGCUGCAGGGAUGUGAGCGGUGGGUUCUAGAAGCGUGCUCUGCAGGGGAAGGCAGUGGAGCGAAGAGAAGCGGGGUGAGAGGAGGUGGUCGUGGGAAGAAUGGGAGGGAGCGGAGGGGUGGGAGAGGGAGGGAGGGAGGAGAGGUGCGGAGGGGUGUGGAGCUUUGGCUAGAUGUUGUGGGGGAUUGGAUGGGGUGUCGCGGUGGGAGGUUGGACGGGGGAGAAGGGAAGGAGGAUAGGGAGGAGAGGGAGGAGAAAGAAGAGUCUGUGGUGGAGUGCGGGAGAUGCAUUCAGAAGCUGCUGACCAAUGGGGUCGUGACACGUCAGCAAGGUGUGCUACUCCUCCGGUUCCUCUCGGACUCGUUGCUGAAGACCCAAUUGUCCUCGGAUGAGAACAAGUCAGCUGCCACGUCAGCUGCCAGCUGGCAGCUGCCUAUUGGUACAAACCAGCGGCGGCGUGUGCUGACGUCAGCAAGGUCAGCAGGAGCCAAUCAGGGAGCGGGACGAGCAGGCGGGAAGAUCGGGAGAGGAAGGGAGGUAGGAGUAACGGCAAGUGCUGCUUCCAGGAAGCUUCCUGGUGAUGCGGGCAGCGAGACGGGGAGCACGGGCGGCGAACAGGAGGAGUUCGCAGUGAGUGACGUCAGCAGGGUGGCUGUUUCAUCUGCUCCCCGUGCCGCUGCUGCUGGUGCUAGCAGCUUUGGCAAGCCUGAAGCUUCCAAGAAGAAGCCUCUGGUAGUCUCCAAGGCUGUUGCUCAGGCGAUUAUGAGAGUGAUUCUUUCACUGGUGGAGGCGAGGGAAGGGGAGGUACAGCAGGUACUGAGUGUGAGAGAUGGGGGAAGUGAGAGAGAAGAGGAGGAGGAGGAGAGUGGGUGGGGGCUUGAUUUAUCAGGGAAUGAGGAGGAAGAGGAUGGGGGGGAGGAUGAGGAGAGCGGGUGGGGGCAUUUUGAGGUUCUUGUUUCAUCUGUGCGCUCUGCUGUGUGGAGGCUGCUGGUGCGCAUGGGAACGCAGGAGGGGGAAUCAGCACUGACGCUAAGUGCCACACUUAGCAGCGACACUGCUGCACACUCCCCUGUGGUGCAAAGUGCCACACUUAGAGCGGCUGUUUUGGAUGCUGUGAAGGCUGUAGCUCCAGCCUCGUCUGACCUAUCAGCACCUGCCACGUGGCUCUCUGGGAGAGGGUUCUUUGUGGAUGCUGUAGGGCUCGGGGUGAUGAGCGGUGUAGAGGGGUGCUGGGGGGUGUGGGAUCUGGAAGAGGUGGGAGAGGAGGAGGAAAGAUGGGUGGGAGGGGAUCAGAAGGAUGACGUGGCACUGGACAGGUGGCGCUGGGCGGCGCUGCGUUCCCGCGCGAUCGUGCAGUCUGACUGGCCGGGAGAGCUCGCUGACGUGGCGCCGCUGCUGGAUGACGUGGCAGCAGACGGCAGCUUCGGAAGCAUAGGUAUGGCUGCAGUCAAUGCAGCUGGUGAAAGUAGCUGCUGCUGCUGCCACUGA